CUUGUCUAAUGUCUAUCUUUAUUUACUGUCAAAGAGUAAAUUAUUAUAAUGUUUACUGUGUAUAAAAUGUCUAAUUCAUACAAUAAAAAUAUUUAACUCGAUUUUAAAGACUUGAUGCUGAAUUCGAUAACAUGUGAUGUUAAUUACUUCAUUUAUUACUGUAAUUUAGAAUUAUAGAGCAAAUUUUCGAACUUAAGUGUGAUCUUGAAUUGGAGAUCUUCAAUGGGUGGAUUGGGAUUUGUUUAUGAUUAUUAGUGUUCUUUGUAAUUAUAACUCAGAAAUGAAAUCAUGAAGUGCUGUGUAUCUUGGUGUAGUAACACCAAAAGCAAGCUCAGCUCUGAAAGCGUUUCAUAUCACAAAUUUCCUGUAGAAAACUUUCAACAACAAACCUGGAUCGCAGCACUUGGCAUUGAUGACAGGCAGCUAACAGAUGACUCCGUAGUCUGUUCCAUUCACUUUAUAGACGAAUGCUUCUACAGCGGCGAGAGUGGGCUGAGAAUUGUGCACAGAGGUGCUAUGCCGUUUGUUCAGGUGUGCGUGGUGUGCCUGGACACAGAGCGGAGGGUGCAUCCGUUGAGCAAGUACAACCUCGAGCAAGCUUACGAAACUAUCACUGGACUUGAACUGCAAGGUCUAACGAACUUCACACCAUGCAUAUGCUUUGAGUGUGCUCAGAGGUUGACACAGUGCAAACAGUUCAGAGACAAGAGUGCGAGGGGGCACGCUCUGCUGGUGGAGUUGAUCAGGAAACAUGAAUUGCUAACUGUACAAUAUAUAAAGACAAUAAACCGUUCAGACAAUUUUCUAACAUCUAAUCUAGUCGAGAAAGUGUUCCAACCAAACCAUUGUGACUUAAACUUUAUAGAUAACAAAAAAGAGACCAUAGAGAUUGAAUAUGAAGACAGAGUGAAUAAAUCCACAAUCAAAAUAGAGAAAGACGAUCACAUAUUGGUUUUUGAUGAUAAAACACAAUAUGAAAACUGUACAGAUCUUGAAAAAAGGGAUAUUAAGGAUGAUGAUACUAAUGUAGACUUUUUAGAUGAUGUUUUCUCAAAUAAUGAUGAUGGUGAUGAACUUUUGAAUGAUAAUGCUAAAAUUGAUAAUAAUUAUAGUGAAAAAGAUGACAUAAGUGACAGUGAAAAAUCUAUAGAUCGAAAUGAAAACGAUAGUGACAUAGAGCUAGUGCAUUACAAAAAAGACAAACCAAAAACAAGUGACGCUAAAAAACUCAAAAGAUCUAGAAAAAUUAACUUAGCCUCAUACAAGAACUGUAAUAACAAAAUAAGUAAAACUAAUAAAAAUAAUUUAACCAAAAAAGUUAGUGUUGCCAAAACUAGAACUGGACCAGUUAAAAGUAAAGUUAAAUUGGAUAAAGUUAAUACUAAAAAGUUAAAUGCAAACAAACGUGACACGUGCUUAACUAUUUUCAAAAUGACUAAACUAAGUCUUGAAGAACAAAUUGAAGACGUUAAGAAGCGACAAGAGUCUUCAAAUUAUAAGAAUUCUAGUUUUCAAUGCAAUUUUUGCUACAGAGGUUUUAUAUGCAAGUCAACAUUCACUAGACAUAUGGAUAAACAUUCUAAGGCAAACGGAGAUGUGGAAUGUCCGGUGUGCAAACAGCGUUACAAGACUCGGAUAGCCUUCCUCAAACACAACCAGAGCCACACGACCAGAUAUAACUGCACACUGUGUGAAUUCUUCUCUAUGAACUCUGAAUCUGCCAGGAUGCACGAGCGCUGGCACAAGGGGACAAAGUAUAAAUGUCCGCACUGCGAGGAAGAAUUCUCCAAAUACACGACGUACAUAACGCACCUGCGCGUGAAGCAUCCGUCGGACUUUAUCUGCGGUCACUGCGGCUACUCUUUCAUCAGUCAGAAGGGCUUGGAGUACCACAUCCACCGCACGCAUCGUACGGAGAAAACGGAGGAGCCAGCGGGUCCGCAGUGCGAGGAGUGCAAGGUUCGAUUCUCGUCGCUGGCGGCGUACGAGCAGCACUUGAAAGUGUCGCCCAAACAUCACAAGCCUGAGAUGCGUGAAAGGAACCAAUCUCUACCGCGACGUAUGUACAAGAAAGACAACGCGCCGCCCUACGUCACGUGCGAGCAGUGCGGUAUAAAGCUGAACGACUUCACGAUGUACAUCUACCACUUCAAACGCGAACAUCCCGGUGACGUCAGAGCACAACACGCGCCGCGACCGCGAGAGGUGCUCUGCGAACAGUGUGGGAGGAGCUUCCAGACCGCGUUCCACCUGAAGGAGCACAUGACGAAGCACACAGGACAGAAGGACUACCAGUGCGACGUGUGCGAGAAGCGAUUCCGCACCAAAGUGUACCUCGACAAGCACAAGGAGACGCACGCCGCCACCCGCCCGCUGUACUCCUGCCCCGUCUGCGGCAAGAGCUUCACCAGCCCGUCGAGUCGCAACCGACACGUAUGGAUCCACAAGGAGAAGACGUUCAAAUGCGACAUCUGCGAGAAGGCGUUCAGUAACGGCUCGGACCGCAACACGCACGUGUCGCACGUGCACAUGAAGGUGCCGUGGCCCAAACGGAACAGGGGGCCCGGCAAGAUGCGCCGCACCAAGGACACCUACGACGAGUGACAGACAUGAUUGUGACGCUCAGACCAAUUAUGGUAUAGACCUGCCUCGCUAGACGUUACUUUUCUGUCAAAGUGUAUGAUCAACGAUCUAAUGUCAACGAUUAUAAAAACUGUCUCUGUAGAAUCGAUGUUAAAUAGUUGUAAUCGUGUUCGUCGGUUAAAGAGCUCCGUAACUAUACCUUUUUGUGUAGUUGAAUGGUGUAAAAAACGUGCAAAAGUCUAGUUUAGUGUAAGAUAUAUGCAAAAUCUAAGCUCGUUUUCCUCAGAAAAUGACAGACAAUUUUGUUCGUGACUAUGAGUGCGAUACAGGUCCUUCUAUAAUUGGUCUGAGUUGUGACCUAACGGGCAGCAGCGGUUGCAUUGUACCAUUAUUGUGUGGUAGAGGAAACAUCUCGAGCAGAUACCAGGACUUGUGACUUGGUAGGUUUAAGGAAUUCAAAAUGCAUUGACUCUUCCCUUCUCGACAUGUUCUCCAUGCCCACACUAAACAAUUUUUUGAUAAACAGUAAUUACAACACAAAACGUUGUUGCACAAAUCACUAACGCGACUGGCAGCGUGACGGUGUCUACGCUGCCUAACAAACAACUGAGCUCAAGUCAUCAAAUACCUUCUUAUUUAUACCAUCACUGAUACCUCUCCUCUACAAUGACAUAAGUAAAGAAUGAUAAUACAACCUGUAAUCUUAGACCAUUAAAAAGAAAGGACCUUCCUCGUAAACCGUUACCCCUCUGUCAAAGAUCAAGGAUCAAUGAUCUAACGCGUUUAUAAAAACUGUUGCUAUAGAAUCGAUAUUUCAUUGUUGUAAUCGUUUUCGUCGUGUAAAGAGCUCCCUAAAAAUUCCGGUUUAUGUAGUUGAAUGGCAUAAAAAAUGACCAAAAAUUUGUAGUUUAAUCAUAUUUGUAAUAAAAACGAUUUCUAAAAAGAAUCGAUUCUUUUGACGGAACAGCAAAAAAUCGAUCAAGUAAUCAAACAUUCUAUAUAUAUUCUGUGGAUAGUCUAAGUGAUGUGUUGGUUAGUCUGUGUAAAAAAUACGCGUGUGUGUAUUGCGAGUCAAUUUUACAGUUGUGUGUAGUGUAUGGACACAGUAUAUUCUUAAUGGUGUUAAAUGUUUUCGAUGUGUGAGUUUACCUCGUCCCCCUCGACUCGAAAAAACGACAGACUAUUUUGUGGGUGAAUUUGGGUGCGAAACAGGUCCAUUCUUUUUAAUGGUCUAAGCCUGUAAUCGAUGUACUUGUAACAUAGACUUUACCAGACACCUACUCCUCCUGAUGUUAAUUAUAAAAACACAAUGGCUGACAAUGAAUGAAAUGAAAAUGACAAAUACAUAAUGGCUAACAAACCCUUAAGUUAACACCAAACCGCUAUAGUCCUCGACCGCGCAGUUAUAUGUUGAAAAUGCGAAGCAGACCUACGAGUGAUUGCUUAUUAUCAUUAACAACCCAUAUCCGGCUCACUGCUGAGCACAAGUCUCACAAUGAGAGGUUUGAAGUAAGAGGUGAAAGUAUUUGUAUUUAUUGUAUUGUAUUAUGUAAGUUUUUAUAAUUUGUAAAUUUUAGUUAUUAAAAUAAUUAAUUAAACACAUUUUCUAUGA